AUGCGGCUGACCAACCAAGGUUUUCUCAAACGUCUCGAUGUUGGCACGCUGCUGAUUGCACGGGCCCUUUUUCUUGUCUUCCUGUCGACUCUACUUCCCUUCCUUCCGCUCUUUGUUGUCACCGAGUGUGUCCUCGUCGCCUCUUGCCCACUCGUGCAGUUCGUUGCCGUGCUUUCCGCGAUGGAACAGAACGGCACGCCUCGUGCGCGUCCGCACUUCAAAUUCGCGAAUCGCACCUACCAAGGAUCACCGCUGAAUCCCAAUAAGCGCCUCGGCACUCCCCAGACAGCUCCUUCGCGCAAAUCCAUCGUCGCGGAUAACCUGGCGUCAAGCACGAUGAACUCAUCUUCCAUCUCAUCCUCCCGGAACUUGUUCCGCACCUCGUCCAUUGGCAGCAACUCCGCCGCUCCCUUCUCACCCAAGUUGCCCGCCGAAACCAAAACCAAGAUUUUUGCCCCUGGGACCACGCCGCAAUCCCAGCGCGUCUACCGGGAAGUCACUGCCCAGGCAACCCCCCGGGGGAUGAUGCGGUCUACCUCUGCUGAACUCUUCACCAUGCGCAUCCCUUCCCCCCCGCCCGAGCUCAGCGGCGAGGCUUUGGCCAAGAAGAUCCCCCCCGAACUCGAUGCGAAGGGUACCGUCUAUGCCGACCAGUUCCUGGGCCACCUUGUGCCUCCCGAGUACGACGACUUGCAGCGACGCCAGCUCUUCUGUAUCCUCGAUUUACGCCGCCUCAAGCAUUCGGCCAACGAAGUAUUUGCUAAGAAGGAUUGGAAGUUGAAUAUCAUGAACUUCGCCAAAGAGUUCGAGAAAAGUCGGAGCCUUAUCAUGCUGCGCUAUGGCCUCUAUGAAUUCAAGAACGUAAAGCCGUCAAACGACGUCCUUCGGAAAUGGAGAGCUGCCCAUGGUCUCCCAGACCCAGAAGCGGGCAAGCAAGCUCCCGAUACGCCCUCCAGGCCGAGUACCUCGACGAAACGCAAGGCGGAAGAGGAACUGGCCUCGUCGGAGAACUCCGUCCUGUCGAUCACCUCGCUCAACAAAAACAAGAAGCGCGCCAUGGAGCGCGACGAGACUGCUGCUGCCACUCCUGCCCCCGCCAGCAACAAGAGGAAGGCUUCGACCAGUGAGGAACCGGACGAGAACAUGCCGUCCAAGAUGGCCAAGUCGACCCCCUCUGCUACCAAGGCGCUGUUUGAGAAGGCCUUCAACAACAAAUCCUCCGCCAGCUCGGCCAUAGCCAAGCCUGCGCAAGUUUCCGACUCGGUCGCGAAUCCCAACCCUUUCUCCACUUUUGGCACUGCCUCCUCCUCCUCCUCCCAGUCGGUGAACGAUGGCCCCGCGCGUUCCGUGUUUGAUACUUUGAAGCCGCCUCAGAACGCCGGCAACAUCUUUGGCUACCUCUCCGACAACAGCGCGAAGAAUAGUGGCGUGGACGCAGACGCGGAGAGUGAAUCCGAUUCGGAUGGAGAAGCCGAUACCCAGGAUACUGGCCUGCAGAGCGACGAGCCGAGCGUGGCUGCUAGUGGCAGGGCCGAUACCCCUUCCUCGCUUCCUGCUGGCAACCUUUUCGGAUCCCAGAAGCCCUUGCUGCCUCCCGCACCAUCUACGGCUGAUGCGUCGAGAGAGUCCACUCCUGGCCGGAGUCUGUUCGACCGGGUUGCGAAAGGCAGUGACGGUCAGCCUCUCCGAGCUGCUUCUGAUGAAGCGACUCAGACGGAUGAUGCCGCAGGGUCCGGUGGUGAGUCGAAGGCUGCGGGCGCCGACAAGACGGCUACAACGAUACCGCCCGUCAACGCGACGUGGAACCCAAGCACGCCCAUCAAGUUCGGCACCGGUGCUGCCAGUUCCAGCAGUCUCUUCGGCUCUUCCGGUACGGCCACUGGAAACUCUCUUUUCGGCCCGAAGUCGACCUCCACACCUGCCGCGGCCAACGUUUUCGGCGCCCCUAAACCAGAGGAGAAACCUCGGGACAAAACGGAGGAGAAGCCCCAGGAGAGACAGGCCGAGAAUAAGUCUACAUCCGCGAAACCCGGACAAGAGGCGGACAAGUCGGGAGAGUCUGAUAAGGAGAAUGAGUCUCAGCCGACGAAGCCCUUGUUUGGCGGGUUCACACCCAAGCCGUCCGAACCUUCGACGACAACCUCGUCACUGUUCCAGCCGAAACCUGCUGCCGCCGAUUCGUCUUCCACGGUCGUCGCAUCUCCCUUUUCUUUCGGCGCACCCAAGUCCGAGAACGAAUCCAAGCCUGCGUCUGAUUCGGCCCUGAAGUCUGCCGCGCCUACUUUCUCCUUCGGCGCGUCCAAACCAGAGGAGUCGAAGCCCUCUUCAGCAUCGGCGCCCAGUUUAUUCGGUGCGGAUAAUAAGCCAAAGGAUUCGCUUUUUGGAGCCACCAAGCCUGCCGACUCCUCAAAGCCCGCCACGAGUGAGGCGAACAAGCCCGCGAGUCUUUUUGGCACGAGUUCCACAACCACUCCUUCGAACCUCUUCGGCUCGGCAAGUCAGCCGGCAAGUGGAGCUGGAGCUGGAGCUGGAGCUUCCAACAUCUUCGGCAACGCGAACGCUGCCGCUUCGCAACCUUCCGAUAGUGCUGCUGCGACUAACAACGGGGCGUCAAACCCGUUUGGCAAUCCGUCCACCCCUCCAAGCUUCAACGUUGGGCCUGCAACAACGUCUUUCACUUUCGGUGGCGAUAAGCCCAGCCAGCCUGCAGCCUCUACAUCAGAAACCCCCAAGCCGCUCUUUGGCGGCGUUACUUCAACCCCCAUUGCACCUCCCCCCGCGGGGAACGCGCUCUUCGGCGGUAGUCCCAUGAAGCAGGACGACAAGCCGGCCGAGCCGCCGGCAAAGAAGCUCUUCGGUGGUCCUACGACUGAGAAGCCGUCCGCGUCGUUCGGCUUCGGCGCGUCGCAGAAUGCCCCUUCUUCCAACCUGUUUGGAGCCUCAAGCAGUUCAUCCCAACCCAGUGGACAGGGUCUCGGCAGUACCUCCUUCACGUUUACAACUGGCACGGGGAAUAGUGACCAGUCCUUUAGCAACCCGUUCACGUUCGGCAGCGGCUCGGCCGCUCUUAGCAGCACGGCCGCACCCGCAGGUGGUGUUUUCAACUUUGGCGCUAGCUCGUCAGCACCAACCUUUGGGGCUUCCACGUCUUCCACGCCCUUCCAGUUCGGUUCCAGCUCCUCCCAACCCACUGCCCAGCCUGGCACGUCGACUGGGUCUUCGUCUUCCCUCUUCGCCUUCGGUGCAAACGCGUCCUCUAACCCAACUUCCUUCACCAACUCCCAACCCCAGAACCAGUCGGACAAUAUCUUCGCGCCCAAGCCUACGCAGCCCGGUGGCUCCAUCUUCGGCGGAAACCUGCAGCCGCCCGCAGGGGGCGCGUCUACUACAGGUACCAACUCACCCUUCAAUCUUGGCGGGGCGUCUAGCUUAGCCACGACGCCAGCCACCGGAACACCCGAGCCGACCGCUGACCGAGAGAAGACAUCAGCAAACGCCCCAUCAGCCGGCCGGGAAGCGCCUGGCGCCGCGGACGCGGGCGACGACCCUGAAGAGAAGCCCCAUGAGCAGGUCACCCUGACGCAAGGCGGACCCGGCGAGGAAGACGAGACAGCUGUGCAUGAAGUGCGAUCCAAGGUGCUCAAGUUCGUAACCGCCAGCGAGGCGGCCGAAGACAGCGGAGACGAAGACAAGAACAAAAGCAAGAGCCCUUGGGUCACCCGGGGCAUCGGACCUUUCCGCCUGCUGAAGCACAACACGUCGGGUGCUGUUCGCAUGUUGGUGCGUGCCGAACCCCGCGGGCACGUGGUCCUCAACCGCGCUCUGCUCCCCAACAUAACGUACAAGAACGACGGCAAAUACGUCAAACUGGUGACGUCGAACGAGAAGGGUGAUGGCGUGGAAACGUAUAUGGUGCAGGUCAAGAAUGCCGAGGUAGCUAAAGAGCUGGCCGAGGUGUUGGAGAAAUAUAAGGGUGGUAAGAGUGGCAAAUGA